AUGGGUGUGAUCCCCAUUGUAAACGAGAACGAUACGCUUGCUGUUUCGGAAAUCAAAUUUGGCGACAACGAUACUCUUUCGGCUAUUACCGCCGCUAUGGUCGGGGCUGAUUAUCUGUUCCUGAUGACUGAUGUCGAUGGGCUAUAUACGUCCAACCCACGAACUAACCCUGAUGCCCAGGUUAUUGAAGUUGUGGAGGACAUCUCCUCUCUUGACGUGGACGUGUCAACAGCUGGUUCUUCACUGGGCACGGGAGGCAUGAGUACUAAAAUUGUGGCAGCCCGAUUGGCAUCAAGCGCAGGCGUCACCACAGUCAUCACUCGCAGCUCCCUCCCCGACUACGGGAGCCUACUGCGCCAUCUUGAACAAAAGCAAGUCUUCUCCCCGCGGGCGUUGUGGCAAUCGAAAGGACACUUCUCCCAACAAGAAGCGGUACGACUGGUAGUUGUCGAACGCCGCUCUCCGUCCGCCCUCAACGGAGAUUUCCAGCAUCAUGGCGAAGAACCAAAGGAAGUCGGACGAGCGCUUGUGAACUAUGGCAGCGCGGAAAUCGCCCGGAUAAAGGGGUCGCGGAGUACGCAGAUACAGGCGAUUUUGGGCUAUGCGGACAGCGAAUAUGUCGCCUUGCGUGAGAACAUUUUUUUUUUCCACAUGAUGGAUCGACCAAGCCGACCUGGCACGCCGGGCUUGGAUGAAAUGAUGGUUCGAAGCGGUGCGCAGUCCCCGGCGAUUGAGAAGCUUCUGGCUAUCUAA